AUGAAAGGGCAGCAGUCCCCCGCUCCCCCUUCAGCCGGGGUGGCACAAGAAAAAACAGUUAACUCAACAGCUUCAGAUGUUAUGCUAUCUUUGGAAGCAGCUCAGACUGCCGCCAAUAUAGAUGUUGGAGUUUCGCUCUACAAUGUUCCUCAGGCGAGCGUGCAUGAUCUGCGCCGGUGUGCACCCACCAGCCGGACGUGCAUUACGAUCGCGGUCAUCACUUUUACGGCUGUGGCGUUCCUCAUCUCCGCCUGUGCGCGGCACUUAAAAUUACACCUGGAUCUGUCUGCAACGAACCAAACUAGGCAUCUUGCCGCUGGAACAGGAGGCCCGUGCUAUCCGUCGACAGCAGGAGGGUUUCUGGAAACAGUGGACCCCAUCGCUUUUUAUUAUCGUCAAAUCCAAGCAUUAAGUAUCACCCAACAAGAUGCAGUACAUCUUACACAUACAGAAAACAGAAUGGUUGGCAUUGCGAAGGGGAAGCUAGUGAAUUUAAACGCAGAAAUCGAAAAACUUCAGCAGCAAAUACGGUUUUUGAACGGAUCGAUUGCCAGGUUACAAGAGCAAUUACGUACGACAUCAAGGACCUCGAUUGGACCUUUACGAAUCGAAAUGCAAAAUGUGCAUAGCCUCAUCGAAAAGACUAAAUUUGAUCGGGACAGUCUGGAGUCGCAGCUGCAAGAAAAGCAACGGUUAUUAGCAGCUUCCGUCUGGAGCCGGCAACAAGAAGCAGAUGCUCUCAUCAUAAAAUCCAGAGAUCGUACUGGGAAUCUUACUAUUGGUGCAGCACGCGCUCUUGCAGCUACAAAAGUUGUUGUUGCGGAAGGAAGUCGAACUCGUGAAGUUCAUACCCAAAAGGACCUCCUGGUGAUCGAAGCACUAUUGAAGAAGACCCUUGCUAAUGCAGCGUUCCUUUCUGAUGAUCUCAAGACGCAGAGACCCUCAUCACGGGAUUCUGUAGAGAAAGGGAAAGCGCUCCUCCAAGACCUCGAUAACUUUGCGAUCGCACUCCCUUUCGUAGGGCUACGCGACCAUGUCAAUGACGUACUCCUUACAAAGGACAGGCUGCGGGGUAGUCUGUCAAUGACAGCAGAUUCAAUUGGCACUGGAUAUAUGGAGCGCGCCCGCGAGGGAAACGCUCCGCAACCGUAUAGAUCCCAAGGGUCAUCUACAAUUGUGAGGCGGCAUACUAUGUCGGGUGAAAAUGCGUACCCCCGUCCGUCGUCUCACGGAGCUAAUUAUGGUACCCUACCACGUGUCAUGCGCCAUGAGAGUUUCUCCCCAGGUUCUGGGGCUCAUGAAUCCACUCACGCUCUUCCUGCCACUCUCCGUCCACCACCGAAUGUCUCGCUGUCUCGAUCGUCGUAUGACUUGCGUCCUGGCAAUUUGGCCUCAGCCUUUGGUGCACGUGAAUCCACUCGCAAGCUCCCUGCCGCUCCCAGUCUACCAUUGAAUGUCUCACUGUCUCGAUCGUUGUCUGACGUGCGUCGUGGCAGUUGGUCCCCAGCUUCUGGGGCUCGUGGAUCAACUCACACACUGCCUGCCACUCCCCGUCUACCAUCGAGUGUCUCGCUGUCUCGGUCGUCGACCACGCCUGGGCAAUAUCGACAGCCGCUGCACCAGCCCCAACGCACACUGCCGCAAGGGCAUACAACAGCUCUCCCAAAACGUCUUCCACUAGCCGACCCCCCCAAAGGAUCAAAGAUAACUCCUACCGUUGUCUCCAUUCCAGUUGUCUCUUCGCGCGAUGUUUCACAGACAGAUAACCCGCCCUUGCCUUCGGGGCCUCGAGCGUUCCCACUUUAUCGGAACGAUGUACCGCAAUCAAGUUCCCUUUCAUCCCGACCGAAGCCUCUCCCCCCGUCGUCGAAGAAGAGUCCAGGAGUUGAAUAUAUGAUGCCAUCCAGUGUUGUCACAUCGGCGGCAAAGCAGCCAAGCUAUCCGUCAGGGUUGUUAUCACUUCCCGUCGUCGGCCACAAGAAACAUUCUACGCGUUCAACCAGCAAUGGACAUUCUCCAUCUUUGACCCAGGAUAGCCCUUCUUCUCCACCACUAGGUCCUGCAGGUGUGCAGCCGGAACGUUCAAGACUGGGUCAAUCGCCGAUUGAUGGUGACCCUUCAACGCCAUCUGGCCCUAGUAAGGCGGAACAUUUCCCUGGUCCUACAGAGGGUGGUGGUGCGUCGGAAGGGGACGACCUUCAGCCAGAUAAAAGAGAAGGCCAGCGUCCAGAACCAGGCGGCGAUCAGCAGCAACCAGGGGGUUCGUCUCCGCCACCAGGGGAGCCGUCUUCCGCACUUGGAGGCCAGCCUUCGCCACCUGGCGAUGACCCUCCCCCACCAAGUCGACCUCCUUUUACAAAGGGCGAACCUUCUGGCGCUGACGAAACGGAUUUGGAUAGUGCAGCGCAGGAAUUAUCCGUAAAACUGGAAUUGUUUAUCGAGACUGCUGAGCCGGUGGCCUCCGCCAAGCCGGGCGACCCCGUCUUGUCGCUUUAUGGAGAAGUGCUGCUCAAAGAUGGUCUCCAGCUCCUUCGACAAUCCGACCAACUCAUUUCUGCCUUUCCUCCGGUGCAGGAGAGUGGGGUCAAGCAGGAGCUUGUUCAGCAGAGAGAACAGUGUGUAAGCCUGUGUCGCACCCUCAGCGAAUCCUUGGCGCCGUUGUGGGCGACUAGCCUGCGUUCAAAAUUGGCAGUUCUGGAGGACGUUACACGACAGUCGGCUGAUCAACGGACACACUCUCCUACAGACCUGCCAAAUGGUGAUUAUGUGCAAUUGCUGGAAAAGAUUCAAUCUCUUGUGCAAGAAUCACGGGAAGCAAUUGCUGAUUUUGCUUUUUUAAAUGCGCCUCCUGUACAGUCUUCGCAAGUUUCAGCUCUUCUUAGCAGCAUCGAAGGAGCGAUUACUGAAGCACGAGCAGAAGUGCACAACGGAGUAAAGUUUUGUGCGGUGGAGUGGAAAGCGGCGCUUGAGCACGAUGCAGAAACGGCAAGUACUGAAUCAUUGCGUGGCGCCCACGGACCUGUGGAAGCCCCCAGUCUACCUUUCAAGGAAGAUCAAUCACAACAAAGGCCUCCGGCAGGUUUUUUAGAGGAAGUAGAUCUUCUUGUCUCCCGGGUGGAGCAACUAGUAGUUUGCCAACAAGAACUUGAUGCCUUACGAGCGAUUCUCACAUCGAGACGGAGCGGCAGCAGCAAGACUUAA